AUGAAACAAGAAUUCAUAGAGAAACAUUUGGAAUUAUCAUUUUUAGAACGGUUUAUGCAGAUAUUACCGGUCAUAAUCCACGUUAACGCUUUCUCACUUUUGCCUUUAAUUGUUUUAGUUUGUGGUCCUGUUAUAUUGUUGAAAUUAAAUUCGUUUGGUCAUUUGGUGGUUGUGAUUUACUUCAUCUAUAUACAUUUUGAUAAUGCCACAAGAGUUUCAACUAAAAAUGGUCAAGGUUUGAUAUUUUUAAUCCGCAGUAGUCUGAGCAAUUAUGUUAAGCAAUACUAUUUUCCAAUUGAGCUUAUAAAAACCGCGGACUUAAAAGCGGAUCGUAAUUAUUUAUUUGCCAGCUUUCCUCAUGGCAUCACCUGUAUUGGUGUAACCAGUAACAUGAGCCAAAUGAAUGCUGAGUUCUUGAAACUAUUUCCUGGCAUACAGCCAAAAAUUGCCACUUUAAAUGUAUUUUUCUGGAUACCAUUUGUAAGAGAGCUGCUUAUUUCACGGGGCUUGGUACCAUGUUCGAAACAUUCUGUAACAAAUAUUCUCAGUAGAAAGAACGAUCGUAAUUCCAACGACAAAAUAAACGAUGGCUUUACUGCGAAUGCUUUAGCAAUUAUGGUGGGGGGAAUAAAGGAGUUCUUUGAGACCUCACCGGGAAUUUAUUGUUUAAGAUUGUUAAAUCGCAAAGGUUUUGUUAAAAUUGCUAUACAAACUGGGUCCCCCAUAGUGCCAACAUUCACAUUUGGAGAAGUUGAUGUUUUUGAUCAGGUCCAACUACCUUCAAAUGUUUUAAUAAAAAUUUCGACUUACCUAAGUUUAGUUUACGUAUUAUUGAAAUGUUUUUUAGUAAAUAUCCCUAAAAGACAACGACUUGUACAAGUUGUUGGUAUGCCCAUUGAAGUGCAGAAACAACAUAACCCUUCCCCGGAACUAGUCGAUGAAAUUCAUCAAAAAGUUAUCGACAGUUUGCAACAAAUAUUUCAUACAUAUAAACAUAAAUAUUUAGCAAAUGCAGAUACAGUUAAAUUAAUUAUUAAAUAAAAUAAUAAUUGUGAGUUGUAAUAUGA